AUGGCGAGCCGCUCCUCCCUCCUUUUCUCCCUCCCUCCUCGUUGCGACCCACGCGCCCUCAAAGCCACCGGAGUAGAGCGCGACGGUGGUAGCAUCCAAUCACGGCUGGUGAACAUCACUAAGCAUGUCCUCAAGCCCAAGCAUGAAGUGUUGACUGUGGAGGAGAAGGUCAAACUCCAGAAGGACUACAAUGUGGUGGACUCACAUUUGCCUCUCAUGCUGGAGAGUGAUGCGGUUGCUCACUACCAAGGCUUCCGCCAAGGAACCGUUGUUAAAGUUACAUAUGACAAUGAGCUUACUGGGAACCAUGUGACAUACCGGUGUAUUUUCUGA